UAAAGUCAACUGCUGUUCACAUGUUAAUUUCAGUUCAUACUUCCGGUUCAAGAUGGCGGCGUCCAUGGCAGCUCAAGCAGGGAAAAGUCUUCGUGGAGCGGCAGCUAGAUACGUGCUCCUCGACAAAAGCAAGUCUGUUCGGAUAAACCCCCAACGAUGGCUGAACCUGCAGGAAUACCAGAGCAAGAAACUGAUGCAAAGCAGUGGGGUGGCGGUCCAGAGGUUCUUUGUUGCUGAUACUGCCACGGAUGCCUUGGAAGCAGCUAAAAGAUUGAAAGCCAAAGAAAUUGUUUUAAAGGCACAGAUCCUUGCUGGUGGAAGAGGGAAGGGUGUCUUCACCAGUGGACUCAAAGGAGGAGUACAUUUAACUAAAGACCCUGCUGCUGUUGGUCAGCUGGCAAAACAGAUGCUUGGGUUUAAUCUCACCACCAAGCAGACCCCGAAGGAAGGUGUUAAAGUGAACACGGUGAUGGUGGCAGAAGCCUUGGAUAUUUCACGGGAAACAUACUUUGCCAUACUGAUGGACAGAGCCUGUAAUGGACCUGUUAUGGUUGGAAGCCCCCAAGGAGGAGUUGACAUUGAAGAAGUGGCAGCUUCUAGCCCAGAGAAGAUUUUUAAGGAAGUAAUAGAUAUUUUCCAAGGGGUUACAGAUGAGCAGGCACUUUGCAUGGCAGCUAAUCUGGGAUUCAGAGGAUCUUUAGAACGACAGGCGGCAGAUCAAAUUAAGAAGCUUUAUGAUCUGUUUUUGAAAGUUGAUGCAACUCAGGUGGAAGUGAACCCCCUUGGAGAAACUCCUGAAGGACAAGUUGUGUGCUUUGAUGCAAAAAUCAAUUUUGAUGACAAUGCAGAGUUCAGACAAAAAGAAAUCUUUGCGAUGGACAAUACAUCUGAGGGGGAUCCAAUUGAAACAGAAGCAGCCAAAUAUGACCUCAAGUACAUUGGAUUGGAUGGCAAUAUCGCUUGCUUUGUAAAUGGGGCAGGACUGGCAAUGGCAACCUGUGAUAUUAUUGAUCUCCAUGGUGGAAAGCCAGCCAACUUCCUGGAUCUGGGGGGAGGUGUGCAAGAGAGCCAAGUCUAUCAGGCUUUUAAACUCCUUACUGCUGACCCCAAGGUUGAGGCAAUCCUUGUGAACAUUUUCGGUGGAAUAGUAAACUGUGCGAUCAUUGCAAAUGGUAUCACCAAGGCAUGCAGGGAACUUGGGUUGAAGGUGCCAUUAGUGGUCAGACUUGAAGGAACCAACGUCCAGGAAGCCCAGCGCAUUCUGAGUGAGAGUGGACUGCCGAUCACUGCUGCUAGUGACCUAGACGAUGCUGCACGGAAGGCAGUGGCCAGUAUUACCAGGAAGUAGCUGUGCAGAAGAAGAUUGCCUGUGAUACCCUCUGUACCUCAAGUGGAAAUUCCCACUAGCAUCAUUGUUCUAAUCAUAUAAUCCCUUCCCUAUUUUUUUUGUCUGCAAAUAUUACUUUAUAGAAGAAGUGUGCGCAUUUAAUGCUUAAUGUAUCCUUCAUUUUGUUUUACCAAAAGAAUUCUCAACAGCUAAACCACCACUUACUUCCCGAAGUUACUGUAAUAUUUUAACCAACCAGACCAGGAUUUCACAUGCCGCACUGUAAUACCGUUCGCUCUGUCAAAUAUUGGUACUUACUCUGUAUCGGUCAAAUGACAUUGUUGGGCACAUGAGACAAAGUAAAUUCAGCACAGUUAAAGCUGCAUAAUACAUACACAUUUUUGUUUUGUUUUCUUUUUCCUAAUUUUUAACUAUUGUUUUAAUAUACAUGUGUCUUGUUUGUCACUGUGACUAAAUCAGUCUAAUAUUUUCAUUGAUGGUCUUAUAGAUGAUUGCAUUGGAAGAACAGUUACAGUAUAUCAAGCCCUAAUUCAUUUUUUACCAAGUUGAAUUAAAAUCCUUUCACGCUAUAAUAUAAUGUUUAUCUUUGCGGUCGUAAGUAAUUUUCCCAUUAUUUUCAAAUCUUCAACAAUAAUAGAAGUAACAAGAUGCUCUUGCCUUAAAAUGGAUAAAUUGCAAUCCUUUAUCCAACUUUUUUUAAAAGGAAAGAAACCUUUUUUAUAGUCUUCUCUGAUUAUAAAUAAAAAGCUAAUAUUAUAAACGGUUGACAGUCUGUAGUUUAACCUUUUUAUUAUUAAAGAAAACACUUUAUACAACUGAAAAGAAAGUGCCAUUUAGAUUCCUAUUCAGAUGUUAUCCUUGUAUGAUGUGGUGCCAAUUUAAAUCUAUGGUCUCAUCUUUAUUCUCAUUGGAGUUUGCCAUCUUGAUUUGUAUUUACACAAUGUGUUUUGGGGGGAUUUAUUUUCCACAAUAGCAGUUUAAUCCAUGGUGUUAACUUUGUAUUAAUCAUGAAUGUGUUUUUGAAGUCCAUAUCACUUAAGGAAAAAGCUAAUCAUCUUCUGUUAUAUUUCAAAGAGAAAAAUAAAGGACUGAAUAAUUCAGGAACCUGUUUUGAAAAAUAAA